AAAAAUAAUAAACAAUUUUUAUGGGGGUUCUCGUCACCUGCCCCACAAGAAGACCAGCAGUGAAGGAGACUGUGCAGAGGAUAGCUUGUUCUCUUGCUCUCCUUUUUUCCUCUCUCUUUCUGUCUAUCUCUCUCUUCAUUCGCUUUUUUCUUGAGCUUGAAGAGGAAGUGAGUGAGAGCUUUGGUAUUAGAGAAGAAGAUUACCAACUUCAAUUCAUCAUGGCCUUGAUUUGAUGAUGAUGAAGGGUGGUGUAGUGGCACUGAAGAGUGAGGUGGGCCUUUUGAUCAGAGAAAGAAAUCAGAGAUGAUAAAGAUAGCAGAUAAAAGCAAAGAAAUAGGAGAAAAGAUUGCAGCCGUUGAUGGUCUUGGUUGCUUGUAAUUGUCAACGAGAACAUCAGCCCAAAGAUAGUCAAAGAACGGGAAAGUGAGAGAGAGAGACUAUUCCUUCCCUUUUUUUUUUUUAUUUAAAAAAAAAAUUUCUUUCACUUUUUCCUCUCUCUUUUUCUUUCCCACACGCUUCUUGUCCUGGGAUGUGAUGGGACAGAUGGGUCUUCAAGGGGAAUUCUUGUUGUUCGCUUGCUUGCAUUUUUGAAGGUCGCUCAUUCCCCUUAUCCAGUGUCUCCAUUUGGUUUCUCUCUGACUGAGAAUUUGGAAAACCCAAAAAAAAAAUAAAAAAUAAAAAAUUAAAGUAUAUACCAAAAUGCCGAUGUACCAGCCUCCUAGUCGGAAAAGAGAUGGAGAUGUCAAGCUUGAUAUGGGCGGUGGAGGCCAAGUUCUAGAUCUGGAAACCGCGGUCAAAGAUGGGAUUUUGGGCUGCGGUGGUGGGUUCAUCUGCGGCGGCGGCGGCGGCGUCGCUACUGAAAAAUUGGAUCUGACGAAGAUGAUUGAAGAGCUCGAGUCCAUUGAGGUUCCUUCGGUGUUUAUUUGUCCAAUCUCAUUGGAGCCAAUGCAAGAUCCUGUCACUCUUUGCACUGGUCAGACCUACGAGAGAGCCAACAUUCUCAAAUGGUUCUCGUUCGGCCAUAACACUUGUCCCACAACGAUGCAAGAGCUUUGGGACGAUUCCAUCACGCCGAAUAAGACCCUUCACCAGCUGAUUUACAGUUGGUUCUCGCAGAAGUAUGUAGCCGUCAAGAAGAGGUCCGAAGAUGUGCAAGGCAGGGCUUUGGAGCUCCUGGAGACAUUGAAGAAAGUUAAGGGUCAAGCUAGAGUUCAAGCUCUCAAGGAGCUCAGACAGGUGGUGACCACUCAUGGGUCGGCUAAGAAGACGACGGUGGAUAGUGGUGGCGUUACUUUGAUUUCUUCUUUGUUGGGUCCUUUUACUUCUCACGCUGUUGGGUCUGAAGCAAUUGGAAUCCUCGUGAAUUUGGACCUUAAUUCGGAGUCAAAGAAGAAUCUGAUGCAACCGUCCAAGAUAUCCUUAAUGGUGGACAUGUUGAACGAGGGCUCUAUCGAGACCAAGAUCAACUGCACGAAAUUGAUACAGAUAUUGAUGGAGGGCAAGGAUUUCAACUCAGAAGAAGUUGUGUCAAGCUUGAGUCUUGUGGUUGGAUUGUUGAGGUUAGUGAAGGAUAAGAGACACUCUAAUAGGGUAUUGCCCGGACUCUGUUUGCUUAAGACUAUUUGUUCGCACGAAUCUCUCAGAAACUCCGCUGUGAGUGUUGGGGCUGUUCCUCAAUUGAUUGAGAUCUUGCCGGGCUUGAAUAAUGAGUGUCUGGAAUUAGCCCUUAACAUCUUAGAAGAUUUGUCGACUCUCCCUGAAGGAAGAUUGGCUUUGAAAGAUUGUCCAAAUACAAUACCCAAUUUGGUUAGAUUGUUGAUGAAAGUUUCAGAGAGCUGUACCCAGCUUGCGCUGUCGAUUUUGUGGGCUGUCUGCAAACUUUUCCCGGAAGAAUGUGCUUCACUAGCUGUUGAGGCAGGUUUGGCGGCGAAGCUUCUGCUUGUUAUUCAGAGCGGUUGCAAUGCAGUAUUGAAGCAGCGAGCCGCUGAGCUCUUGAAAUUGUGUAGUCUAAAUUACACUGCUACUAUCUUCAUUUCCAAGUGUAAGCUUACAAGAACAAUACAAUGAAGAAAAAAUAAAUAUAUGGCAAUGUUGAUAUACAAUAUCUUCUCAUUUUUCCUUCAUCCCAACGGAAGAAGAACUUGAUUUGAAGACAGAGUCGAUUGGGUUUCUGAGGUACCCGUUGUUCAUGUGUAUAUUCGAUUAAACUACUUUGAUAUAAAUUUGUUUCCACUUCAAAGAAGCAUCAUAAUGUGGAUUGAAUUACCAUUUUUUUUUUGUUUUCUUUUUUUCUUUUGCAUAGCUGUAGACUUGUUAACUAUAUAUUAGCCUUUUUUCUCACUGAAUUUUUCCAAUAAGCCUUCAAUCCAAAUUGAGAUUAUUUCAUUUGUA